GUGCAAUCAAGAUUCUGAAAUCAAAGCUUGAUAAAUGCCCUAACGGCUGUUUUCUCUCCUUUCAGCUGGGCUUUGGCUCUUUUCUGGGAAUUAUCGGCGCUCAUUUGAUAGAGAACAAGAGGCAGAUGUUAGUGGCAUCCAUUGUCUUCAUCAGCUUUGGAGUGGUGGCUGCCUUCUGCUGUGCCAUUGUCGAUGGAGUAUUUGCAGCGAGGCACAUUGACCUCAGGCCUCUGUACGCGGGCCGCUGUGCUUAUCACACCAGUGACACGGCGUCUGAGCAUGAUGUGCCAUGUCAUACAGCAGGCACAUCCUGUAACCUGCGAGUGAAGAGCAACACCUGCUACUGCUGCGACCUCUACAACUGCGGGAAAGAACAUCCUCUUAUGGGACCUCAGAAUAAAGAUGUUUUGAAAAAGUUUAAGAAAUCAUCCAUGAUUUGGAACCGUGUUGAGUUAAUGGGAGGCUACCAUGAAUAUACAGAUGUGAAAAGCUGCCAGGACGUCAUACACCUCUACCACCUCUUGUGGUCGGCUACGAUCCUCAACAUCGUGGCCCUCUUCCUGGGCAUCAUUACUGCUGCAGUGCUGGGAGGCUUCAAAGACAUGACACCUGCUCCUGCCUCAGAGAGCACAUCUGAACCAGAGGCCAUCACAGCUCCAGUCCCCUCAGAGAUCCCCCCGCCCGUCACGUCUCUCAACCCAUAUUACAACACUGCCCCCUGCCUGCCACCAUACUCGGCCUACGACCUGCAGGGCUCCUAUGUGUUCCCUGACUCUUCAGGCCUGUCAGACGAUUCCCAGUCUGGAGCCAGCCACCUCUGGCCUACAAUGAUCCCUCCACGCUACUCCCCUCCUCACAACCUUCCAGAUGAGAAGCCCCCACCAUACAGCCCGUAAGACAGCUGCGAGAAAAGGAAACACCUGAAACAUCAUCGGCUGUUUGCACAGUUCUUCUGGACUUUUCUUCAUAAUCCUUCGGAAGAGUGUUGAAGAAAAAGAGGCGAGGAAGGGGAGGAGAGCCACAGAGCACACUAACUUUGACUUCAGCCCAAGGCGAGGGAGAAAGCAUUCGUCUCCCCGGGCACCGCUCACACUCUUCUGGCCUGCACUGUGUGUGUUUGUGCACAUGCACAUCGAGAGACAACCUGGUCAAAGCCAGGACUGUUUACACAUCUAUCUGCCUUAUGCAACGUAAACAGACUUCCGGUUAGAUGUAUUCUGUAAAAGGACAAAACGACAGAGCUCAUGCUUUACAUUCACCUCUCUUUUGCAGAAACUGUAAAUGCUUCCUUCCUCAAGAUGGAGAUCCAGUCCUCACUGGGAGGAUGAGUGCAGCUACAUGUGCAAGGUCGACGUUGAGCUAGGUGAAAGCUUUGGCAUAAUUCUUAAAAUCUGAAUCAGCUAGAUAAUUCCAAACUUAAAAAUUGUAGGUCCAGGCGUUUGUUUCUGUAGCAGUUAAUAGUGUCCCUGUGCGUUAUUACAGGCAGAGUUAGCAGAACUGGAGGUAUUACAUGCUCAUAGUGUAUGUGCAGCAGUAUAAUAUGCAGUUAGGCCUAGCAUAUACAAACAGACCAAGAUUCCUAUUUAUCAAAUCUUCACGUUAUGUUUAAGAAUAUCCUGAUCAGUGUGUGAUCAACUUUGCAGAGCAGCAUUAAUGAAGAAAUAAGCUAUUGUACCUACAGUAGUUGUUCAGGAUAAUCAGAUACCAGUUACACUCCAAACCUUAUUUACUGUGUUUCCACUAAAAGCAUCAUAUAUGUGUCUCUCUUUGUCAAGUAGCAGUAGUAGCACGUUUGUGUCAGACGGGUCAUUCCAUGUAAAAUCAGUCAAACCUGAUCCACCGAAUCUGCUGAGGGUUUGUUGUGCAGACAAAGAAAAAUAAUUGAAAUCCAUCUUCAAGAAGCAAAAAAAGGUCCAGCGUGAUCAUUUCAGUAGAUUAGACAGAAUCUAAAAUUAUCAGACACCUACCAAAGGCUGCGACUUCACAGGUGUUAUACAACACUAGAUGUCAGUUUUCAAACAUAAGAAAUCACGGCUAGAGGCUGAGGCUGAGAACUAAAUGGAGGGAAAAUGAAACGUUUCAUAAGCUAUUACUCGUUUGAAAUCCCACAAAGUGAUAAGACCAUUUAAAAGUUACCCACAAUGCAUUUUUGAGGUUUUCUCCAACGAAUUCUCAGAAAACAUCCAGGAUACCAACAACACUUUCUGUUCCUCGCGUGCAAUUUGGACUGGAGCUCUCACCAUCAUUAAAGCCUGUUGUGGUCGAUAGCAAUCAGUUUGCAAGUUUAAGUCUACUUGAAUUCAUUUACACAAAACCAAACACUCAGCAGUUAAUGGUUAUAGAUAGAAAAGUGUGGCAUACAGUAACCAAUGAAUAUACACAUUAAAACGUUUAUAGAUUAUUAUAAUAUGUACAAUUAAAAUAACUGAAUUGGCAGAGUCAUAAAAUCUAAUUUAAUCUUACAGGACAGACUGUUUGCAGAUAAGCCUCCAUGCCUGUAUGCCAUUUUCAGUCUCUAUUAGCCGUCCCACAUAACAAAAUCCCCAGCACAUGACACAUAUGCUGACAUUCAUGUAAUUCAUGUAGAUAUAUAUUAUUUUUGUUGAGUUUUUAGUGGCUCAGCACCCGUUAAUCCGAUUUUUCAUUCACUUAAAAAGCGCCAGUUUUUCGACCUGCCCUCAUGUACGAUAAUCUGAACAUUUUCCCUGAAGUUAUUGUGCACAUUAAACUAACCUCUUCUUAAGGGGUUCAGGUUGGAGCCUCGCUCUGAUUUUUCUUCUUCUAUGGAAUGACCCAGGAGUUUGUCAGGCUCAGUGUGAACAGUCAGUGCUGGAUUCGCUGAUAUGAAACCUCGUCAAUGUCCAAGAAAGCAGUCACUGUCAGCUUCGAUCACGGCUUUUCCAAAUUUAAACUGCACAUUCUUCUUCGUCACAUCAUUAAAACUUGUUUUAUGUAA